UGAUGUUUCAUACUAUACAGUUCUCUGUUCACUGAUAUUCUACUCUAUGCUAUGUUAUCAAAGACGAUUGAUGAGUAAUUGGUAGCAGAAUCAUCCUUUUACAAAUGGCAGAACUUAGUUGUUAAAUAUUGUAACGUGAAUUGUCAUUUCAAUUGUUAAAAAGUAUGACUUCUAUUAGUGAAGUGAAUUCAAUACCUAAAACGAAAAAACCGUCGGAUAGUGCAUUUAAACAGCAACGUUUACCUGCUUGGCAGCCAAUACUUACAGCCGGUACUGUAUUACCAACAUUUUUUGUAAUAGGAAUUGCUUUUAUACCAGUUGGAAUUGGAUUGCUUUACUUCUCUGAUCAAGUCAAAGAAUAUAUCAUAGAUUACACGGACUGCAAUUCUACAAACUAUUUUCUUGCUGAUAAAGUACCUUAUAAAUGUGCAGACUUUAUAACGCAUACACCUCACCCUAAUCCCCCUUGUAUUUGUGAAAUAAAUUUCACGUUACCAUCCCAUUUUAAUGGAAGGAUUUACAUGUAUUAUGGUCUGACUAAUUUUUAUCAGAAUCAUAGACGAUAUGUAAAGUCACGCGACGAUAAUCAAUUAUUAGGAAAAUUAAGCAAUGAUGUCUCUGGCGAUUGUGCGCCAUUUGCUUAUGAGGGAAGUACAGCAAUUGUACCAUGUGGAGCUAUUGCUAAUUCUUUAUUCAGCGAUGAAUUAGCAUUGUAUUCGAUGAGUCAUAAAGCAAAUGUGCCAUUAUUAAAAACUGGUAUAGCUUGGCCUUCGGAUAAGAACAUCAAAUUUAGAAAUCCUGAGGGUGACUUGAAAGUAGCAUUUAAAGAAUAUGCAAAGCCAAAGGACUGGACUAAAUAUAUUUACGAGUUAGAUCCAGAUGAUGAAAGUAAUAAUGGUUUCCAAAAUGAAGAUUUAAUUGUUUGGAUGAGAACUGCCGCAUUACCCACUUUUAGAAAACUUUAUCGUAGGGUAAACCAUACAGUGAAUGGUUUCGGUGAUGGAUUAUUGGAAGGAGAUUAUAAACUUACUGUCAAUUAUUCAUAUCCAGUAUCAGCUUUUGAUGGCAAGAAAAGAAUGAUUUUAAGUACUACGUCUCUUCUCGGUGGAAAAAAUCCCUUUCUUGGUAUUGCUUACAUAGUUGUAGGAUGUAUUUGUUUAUUAUUAGGUCUUACACUAUUAAUAAUUCACAUCAAGUGCUCGAAAAGCAAACUAAUGUAAAGAUGACUGCAAGAAAGUAUGCUUAGGGCACCGUAAUUGUUCUUUGUAACAGAGAUGAUUAAUGUGAGCCCAACAACUCCAUACCAAGAAUAAUUGCACAUAAGCAUCCUCAAUAUUCGAAGAGCAUUACAGUCAUUCUGCAUUUAAUUUGUAAGUGUUACUAAAAGUAUUUUAAUAUAGUUUUUCUCCUUAAGUGUAAAUGUAUGGAAUAAAAUAUAGUGAACAAUUCAAAAAAGAAGUAUUCCUUAUUUUCAAGAAAUGAGAAGAUAUUUAGAAAAAUACAGUUCAAUACAAGCUUCUUAUUACAAUUGUACUAACAAUUAAAUGUGGUUCUGCAAAUUUAUAAUAUACACUCUAUCUGUUGUUUAGGUGCUUACUCAAAUUAGUAUUAUCAAUGGAAUUAUUAGUAGUUUUAUGAAUACAGAAGAAUGUUUUUAACGCAGCAGUAACAUGCUUAUGUUAAUAUGUUUCAAAUCUUGUCCCUUUACUUGCAUCUACAUAAAGAAUAUGAAAGUCAAAGGUGUAAAAAUAUUUUGUACGCAGUAUAAUGUGUAUGAUUGUACACUACAAGAAUGCAGUUAAUAGGAAACAGGUUUUUGGUCAAUGUAAACAUAUCGAGGCAUUUGAAGCAGUAAUGUUCCCAGUCCUGGAAAAUAUUUUUUGUUUGUUACACAACGAUUGUAUAAUAAUCCUUCUUUGAUAUUUUAAUUCACCAUUAAAAUUUAUUUCACGUCGUACCUUGCAUAAUACUUAUGUAUGUUCCUAGACAUUGUAAAAUAUUUUUAGUAUUACACUUGUCACCAACGAAUGUAUAAAUGUAUAAAUAAAAAAACUCGUAUUU